GAGCCCUGUAUUGAUGUAACAAAAAACAACAACAAUCGUUCUGGAGCCAAAAUUUUCGCGACGAACGCUCGGGAAACUUCCCUCUUAUCGAAUAAACAAUUGUUUCUCGGUACCUAAUCCCAGUCUACAUGUCCAGUCAUCGUUAGAAACGAUAUUUAGUGCUUUGGCAGCAAGUUGUCGUGUGUGCGUGUGUGUGGGUCGUCUCGAAUUGUUCACAUUUUUCGGUCUGGCUGAGCAUUUUCACCCAAUCACCCAAAACAAAUGAGAAUGACAUCGUCCACAAAGAUAAUGCUGAUAGCGUGCGGUUCGUUUAGUCCGCCAACACCGAUGCACUUCCGGAUGUUUGAAAUUGCCCGCGAUCACAUCCAGCAGAUGGGCCUCGGGCAGGUGGUUGGCGGCAUAGUGUCACCGGUGCAUGACUCAUACGCCAAGAAAGGGCUGGUGUCGGCGACGCACCGUUGUGCAAUGAUCAAGAUCGGUCUCAAAACCUCCGACUGGAUCCAUCUGUCCGACUGGGAAACGCAACAGGAAGAGUGGACCCGUACGCGUCAAGUGUUGCAGUACCAUCAGAACUACAUAAACUCCUACCUAAAGGAUACGAAUGGGACCAUCAACAACCAACACAUACCGGCCUGGAUCCCGGAAGGCAUCAAGCGGACGGCGGGCCAGGUUCAGCUGAAGCUGCUGUGCGGUGCCGAUCUGCUCGAAUCGUUUGCCACGCCCGGCCUGUGGAAGGACGAAGAUUUGGAGGCGAUUCUGGGCUACCACGGCAUUGUGGUGAUUUCCCGCGCCGGUUCCAACCCGGAGCAGUUCAUCUUCAAUUCCGAUCUUUUGAGUCGAUAUCGGCGCAACAUUACGAUCGUAACGAACUGGGUGACGAACGACGUUAGCUCCACGCUGAUUCGAAAGCUGCUGAGCAGGGGCCUCUCGGUGAAGUACCUUCUGGACGACCAUGUGGCCGAGUACAUUCGAAAGUUCGGCCUGUUUGGCACGAACAAUGAGACUAAGUACAUUCUAACACCGGGCAGUGCGGCGGAAGCGAUGAGCAUUUCGCCCAUCUCACCCGUCAACGAUCCGGACCUGUACAUCGAGGCACAAAACCAGCGCAACAAGCUCGGCGCGGCGUCCUGCGAGGCGAUGGAUGAGACGGACUUUCCAAUUCCACCGCUGCCACCGACCACCCUGAACAAGGUGUUUUGCUGUGCGACGGAAUCGAACUCAAAGCCGGCCUCGCCGGGCACUACUGGUGGCAGUCGGGGAACAUUUCUCAGCAGACCGGGUAGUGCGGUACAGAUUGUAACGACGGCCGCGCCCAUGCCGACCCCGCCACUCGUCACCUCACCGGACGGGACGACGACAAACCCGGCAGGAGCGGCCGCUCUCCACAUCACACUGGACGAUGGCACCACAGGCAAGAAGAAGGUGGGUGAGAAUGCAAACGCAAAGGGCGCUUCUGUCCGCGAACCUACAAAACCGAGCACAAACGCUAAACCCAGCACCAACGGCAAAGACAAUACCAGCACAGCAGCCGCCGGCGCACCACCAUCGACCAAACGCACGACAGCGACGGCUGCCAACACCACCGUAGAAACCGUAGCAACCGAGCGGAGUGGUGGUGGUGGUAGUAGUAGUAGUAGUAGUGGUACGAAGCGCGUUGCUACGACCAAAUCAAACACCAACGUAGGCGCUACUUUGGGCACAAGCGCGGCACAAACGGCCGGCGGUUCGACUGGACGGAUCAGCCCGUCCCGUAGCUAUGACGAUAUGAUCAAGUUCGUCUUCACCGAGCACGGCAUUAAGGUCAUUAGCGAUCGCGAGUACGUAGUGUAGAGGGAGAGGGGGAAAGCGGUGCCCACAGUUUCACGCUAGCCAAUUGCACAAAAGUAAAACGCGUAAGUACGGACGCUAGAAACGGUGCUAAUGUAGCAGUAGCGUUCGUUGCAAGCUUCCAUGCUUUAGAGGCUGCGAUCGUAUUGUAGAAGCUAAAACCAAACCUUUGGGGUUGCUGUAGUGUAAUGCUUGACUCGUUUGAUUUGCCUUUAACCUAAAUAUCAUUAUUUUCACCAAUUUAAUGCAUGUUUGUAGACGUUUUAGUUGUAUCUAGAGCAUUUAAAUCUAGCAUUUCCAACAGAAAACUAAUCCCACUCUACUCCUUUUUUCCAUUUUAGGUCGUAAAAAAGUUGAAGAUAUCCGCCUGUCCAGUGUAAAAAGGUGUUUUUUGGGUGCUGUUUUGGCGCAACGGUGAUAUACUCUCUCCUCUUUCCGCACGAAAUCUCGCAUCGAAUGCAAACCCAAUACCAAGAGCAGCAUGAUUGAAAGGGGACGUGUUUUAUGUAGGCGCUAAUAGUUGGAUGUCGUUCAAGCAUAGUUCCUUAAUGUGUUUUUGUUUUUAUUGAAAUAGCUUGUUAAUAUUUAUUUACGAUUACAUCACACACACACAAACGGACAGACAUACAAUACAAAAAAGAACCGCUGCAUGUACCUUUACUUGAAACCAUUCUCUGGACAAAGGUGACGAAAGGGAGGAGGAUAGGGAGCUCAAAAACGGCCCACACACGGUUCACACCGCAUAUACUCAUCCGUUUUAGUGGCAUGAAACGGGUCAAUUUUCGCUCUUUUAAAUAAUGCGCUUUGCAGAAAAAUGCAGCAACAUACACAGUUUUACACAUGACCACCCGAUUGGUGAGCGAUUUUAUAGUCCAAAAUGAAAGUUUAAAUUGAAAAAAUGGGAAAGUUAGGGGAAGGCCCAUUUCGGUUGAUUUCCUCUCCUUAGCAACGGAAUCGAUGGUAGGGUGCUAGACAGAUAGGUGAAUGUGAUUAGCUGGAAGACUUAAUAAAACUAAGUAGUUACAGAAGAA